AAAAAAGAUAUAAAGAUUUUCUUCACAUAUUUUUUUUCUAUCAAAAGAUUCUCUUGCCAUAUAAGCAUUGAUAUUUGUGCAUUGAUUCACUUGUACAUAUAUGUGCCAAGGACUCAAAGACGACCUCUGUCAUUUACUCUCUCUCUCUCUCUUUUUCCUCUGUCACAAUGAAAAGCUACAACGCAAAGCACAUUUCCUCGGCGGUUGAGACCGGUGACGCCGCCGUAAAGAGCGUCGACGACGAUGGACGGGAGAAGAGAACGGGGACGUUUAUCACGGCGAGCGCGCACAUAAUCACGGCGGUGAUAGGCUCCGGAGUGUUGUCAUUGGCUUGGGCAUUGGCACAGCUUGGUUGGGUGGCAGGAACCGUAAUUUUGGUGACAUUCGCCAUCAUUACAUACUACACAUCCACUUUGCUUGCCGAUUGCUACCGAUCGCCGGACUCCGUCACCGGCACGCGCAAUUACACUUAUAUGGGCGUCGUUCGAGCUUACCUUGGUGGUAAAAAGGUGCAGCUAUGUGGACUAGCACAAUACGGGAAUCUCGUAGGGGUCACUAUUGGUUACACCAUCACUGCCUCCAUAAGCUUAGUAGCGAUCGGGAAGGCAAAUUGUUUUCAUAACAAGGGACAUGGUGCGAAAUGUUCUGUAUCGAAUUAUCCAUACAUGGCGGCAUUUGGGAUCGUCCAGAUUAUUCUCAGUCAGAUUUCUAAUUUUCAUGAGCUCUCUUUCCUCUCCAUCAUCGCCGCAGUUAUGUCCUUCUCUUAUGCAUCUAUCGGAAUCGGUUUGGCCAUCGCCACUGUCGCAAGUGGGAAGAUUGGUAAGACAGACCUGACAGGCACGGUGGUAGGAGUGGACGUAACUGCGUCUGAAAAACUUUGGAGAUCGUUUCAAGCGAUUGGAGACAUUGCGUUUGCGUAUGCUUAUUCCACUAUUCUCAUUGAGAUUCAGGAUACAUUGAGAUCAAGCCCACCAGAGAACAAAGUGAUGAAAAAAGCAAGCCUUGUUGGAGUCUCAACCACAACUGUUUUCUACAUCUUAUGUGGCUGCAUUGGGUAUGCUGCAUUUGGAAACCAAGCCCCUGGUGACUUCCUUACCGACUUUGGUUUUUACGAACCUUACUGGCUCAUCGAUUUCGCCAAUGCUUGCAUUGCUCUUCAUCUAAUCGGUGCCUAUCAGGUGUAUGGUCAGCCGUUUUUCCAGUUUGUUGAGAGCAAAUGCAAGAAAAAGUGGCCUGAAAGCAAAUUCAUCAACAAGGAAUACUCGUCGAACAUACCAAUGCUCGGAAAAUGCCGUGUCAACCUCUUCAGACUGGUGUGGAGGACUUGCUAUGUGAUUUUGACAACAGUUGUAGCAAUGAUAUUCCCUUUCUUCAACGCGAUCUUGGGUUUGCUCGGUGCACUUGCCUUCUGGCCACUAACAGUUUAUUUUCCAGUGGCAAUGCACAUUGCGCAGACAAAGGUGAAGAAGUAUUCUCGCAGAUGGUUAGCGCUUUACCUCCUCGUGUUGGUCUGCUUGAUUGUCUCGUUCCUAGCUGCGGUUGGAUCCAUCGUUGGCCUUAUAAGUAGUGUCAAGACAUACAAGCCUUUCAAGAAUUUAGACUAACUUGUGAUUUAUGAUAAAUUCUUGUUAAUUCAUGUGAGAACUAGUAGUAUUUCUUUUAAGCAAAAUACUCAGAAGUUUAUUUUAGUGUGUGUUCAAAUAAUGUUGUGAACGUUCUGUUUUCCGCAAAGGUAAAAACAAAAAACAAA